AUGUCUUCUUCGGCACCCAUUAAGAUUGGAAUCAUCGGCGGUUCGGGUCUUGACGACCCUGAUAUAUUGGAGGGAAGAACGGAACGUUAUGUUGACACGCCGUAUGGAAAGCCAUCAGAUGCCUUGGUAUUGGGAAAAAUAAAAAAUGUUGACUGUGUGCUCCUAGCAAGGCAUGGAAGACAACACACCAUCAUGCCAUCCAACGUAAACUACCAGGCCAACAUCUGGGCGCUGAAGAAGGAGGGCUGCACACAUCUGUUGGUCACCACGGCAUGUGGGUCGCUGCGAGAGGAGAUUCAACCUGGUGACAUCGUCAUCAUUGAUCAAUUCAUUGACCGGACCACCAAGAGAGCUCAAACCCUUUACGACGGUCAGCCCACCAGUCCUUCCGGUGUCUGUCACAUUCCCAUGGCCGAGCCUUUCUGCAACAGAACUAGGGAGGUGCUAGUGGAGGUGGCCCGCACGCUGGGCAUCAAGUGCCACGCGAGGGGCACCAUGCUUAGCAUCGAGGGGCCUCGCUUCUCGUCACGGGCCGAGAGCCUGAUGUUCCGCCAGUGGGGCGCCGACGUUAUCAACAUGACCACCGUGCCCGAGGUGGUCCUUGCCAAGGAGGCGGGAUUGUGCUAUGCCAGCAUCGCCAUGGCGACGGACUACGACUGCUGGAAGGAGCACGAGGAAGCGGUGUGCGUGGACAACGUGAUGAAAACCAUGAAGGAGAAUGCCAACAAAGCCAGCAGCAUCCUGUUGACCGUCAUACCUCAGAUCAGCCAGAUGGACUGGAACAACACCAUAACCUCCUUAAAAACAAUGGCUCAGUCGGCUGUCAUGAUACCCAAACAUUGA